AUGGGGAAGAAAGAUGCAAGCUCGUGGUUGACGGCGGUGAAGAGGGCCUUCCGGUCGCCCUCUAAGGAGUCCGAAAAGAAGUCCGGGGAUUCCGCAGCGCAGGGGGAGGAGCUCGAGGUGGAAGACAAGGGAAGGGUUCGUAUUCUAUGGCGAGUAAACCCUUUUGAUCUUUCCUCGCUGACGGGUCCCCGGGGACGUGGUUUAAACUCUUUUUAUUCGAUGAUACUGCCAUUGCAGACGAGGGAGAAAACUAGAUGGUUGUUUCGCAGACCCGCCGGCCACGUAGACGAAGCCCCACCGUCGCCGCCGGGGUCUCUGCCUGUUCUCCAGUCGACGGUCAAUGCCGGAGGAAUGCAGCCCGCUGCGGAAGCCGCGGCGACGGCAGCUUCCGACGAGACUGCGGUGGGGACGGCACCGUCCGUCGUCGCGGUGGCCAGGUUUCCUCGUCCUCAUUCUACACGCGCGAGGGAGUAUUUCGCCGCCGUCAAUAUCCAGGCAGCUUUCCGAGGAUAUCUGGUAGGUACUGUCUUUCUGAUACUUCGUUUGCUUCAAAGCAAAUUGAAGUGUGGAGGAACUGAGGACGGGGAGGGUGAGCGCAGGCGAGAAGGGCACUCCGGGCGUUGAAGGGCCUGGUGAAGCUGCAAGCUCUGGUGCGGGGCCACAACGUCCGUAAGCAGGCCAACGCGACCCUCUGGUGCAUGCAGGCCCUUGCUCGAGCACAGGCUCGGGUGAGGGACCAGCGCCUCCGGCUUUCUCUGGAAGGGGGGCGCGACAAUAGGUCCUACAGCUGCGACGCCAAGCUCUGGGAGCCAGCCAUCCCGGAGAGGAAGUCCAUGGUGAGUAUGGCGACCUCCCCUUCUCACCGAAUUCUCGCCACAGACCGUCAUGGAAGUACAACGAGGUUCCUUCCCAUUGGUUGCAGUCCAGGAACGGCUACGCAGCAGAUGACUCUGUGGACCGUUCUUCAACCAUGGAUAAGUUCAAGGUGAUGAUUCAUGGCCGAAUGGAAGCCGCCCGGAGACGGGAGCAGCGGCCCUCUCACGCCUUCCCCCAUCAGGUUCUUCAACUUCUGUGAUCUAUUUCUUGAUAGCUGGUCUCAUUCUGAACGGAAGAACUCGUCGGGUGGGCACAGAAGGACAGCGGGGGUGGCGAUGAAGAGCGGAGGGCUCCGGAGGGUCUCGACCGGUGGACACCGGCGCGGCCGUCGUGCGAUCAUGGCUGCGGGAGCAAAGCAAGGAGAGCUUCUACAGAUACGAGGGACUCCGUGAAGACGCUGGAGAUUGACCCGGGGCGACGCCUCCCUACCAACUCUGCCACCAACUCACGGAAACCACACCAGCCACCGGGACACUUUCAGCCUGUUGCCGUGGUCUCCCCGCUCCAGAGGUCCUGUUCCCAGAGUCAAAUCCACCCCUCCUUCCACACACCAUCGCCGGUCAAAACUCGGCCCUUGCAGGUCCGCUCGGCGAGUCCGCGAUGUGCCAGGCCGGAGAGGCCGAUCUCCUCCUGUUUAAACCACCGCCACGGCUCAGGUUCAGGGCACCACCAGGCGGCGGCGGUGGCAGCGUUACCGAAUUACAUGGCCGCCACAGAGUCGGCAAAGGCCAAGCUCCGGUCCCAGAGCACGCCGAGACAGAGGCCCGAGACGCCGGACCGGGAGAGCGCCAUGUUCUCCACCAGGAAGCGGCUGUCCUUCCCCGUCCCAGAUCCUCGCGCCGGUGGCAGAGGGUGCUUGAAGAGCCCUAGCCUCAGGAGCGCCAACGGGCGGUUGGGAAUCGAACGGAGGUCGACGAUUUCUUCCUGUUCGGAGAGCCUGCCAGGGGAAUCCUCACCGUCCUCCACCACGGACCUCCGCUGGAUGUGGCAGAGGCCCAGAGAUCAUCUUACUCUACUGUGA